AUGCGUGAAAUAGUCCAUAUCCAAGCUGGUCAAUGCGGUAACCAAAUUGGUUCUAAAUUUUGGGAAGUUAUUUCGGACGAACAUGGAAUUGAUCCAACUGGUACAUAUCAUGGUGAUUCUGAUCUUCAACUUGAACGUAUCAACGUCUAUUACAAUGAAGCAGCUGGUGGCAAAUAUGUUCCUCGUGCUGUUCUUGUUGAUCUUGAACCAGGCACAAUGGAUUCAGUUCGUAGUGGCCCAUUUGGUCAACUCUUUCGACCUGAUAAUUUUGUCUUCGGUCAAUCUGGUGCUGGUAACAAUUGGGCAAAAGGUCAUUAUACAGAAGGUGCUGAAUUAGUCGAUUCAGUCUUGGAUGUUACUGAUGUAUCUAAUAAUUAUAUUUUAUUAAUUGCUCCACCUGAACGCGGUCAUUUAAAUCCAAUUCUCGAAUUAGCUAAACAAUUAACAUUUAAUGGAACUGAUAAUGAUACUGAAAUACUUGUUAGUGUACCGUCCUAUGCUGAUGUUAAUGUUUCAUCAUGGGUAACUGAUGAAGGUCUUAAUUAUAUUGAUGGUGGUAUUACAUAUGAUGUUACUCUUGAUGAUAUGCAUCAAUUUUCAUUAAUGGAUUCACAACCAUUAAGAAAUUAUCUCAGUUUUGUAUCUCGUAUGGCUCAUCUUUUUCAUAGUUUUAAUCGUGUUGCUUAUGAAACACUUCUUCCAUUACUUCGUAAAAAACAUGCUAAACCUCGUGUAAUUAUUUUCGAUUUAAAUAUGUUAUGGGCGAUUGAUUUAGCUGAACAACUUGGUUCCAUACCAGCUAUUGUUGUUUGUCCAUUUCUUAUUGAUGCACUUAAUUUACCAAGUAUGACACCACGUUGGCAUACACCAUCAUAUAUUGUUCCUUAUUCAUCAUCGACUUUUAUUGGUCGUAUUCAAUUAUUUUUUUAUCGUUCAUUAAUAAUACCAUAUCAAACAUAUUUUAUAUUUUCUCGUAUUUAUGAACGAAAUUUUGAUUAUGAAUAUUUAAUUAAAAAACAUUAUCUUAGUGUAUUCGUUAGUACAGCAUCACCAUUUGAAAUUUCACGUGCAGUUAUUAAUCCUGCUAUUCAUUUCUUAGGUCCAUUUGUAUAUCAAUAUCGUUUACAACCAAUUAAUCCUGAUUUACUUGUAUGGCUUAAUGAUAUUGUUCAACAAAAUGAUACACUUAUCUAUAUAAGUUUAGGUUCAAUUGGUCUUCUUACACAAGAACAAUCAAAUAAACUUAUUUAUGCUUUUAUGAAAUUAAUAGAAACAAAAAAUUCUUCUCAAAUACGUGUUUUAUGGGCUCGUGGUAAUACUUUAACAAGUAAUGAUAGUCGAUUUCGUCUUGAAGGUUUUGUACCACAAAAAACAAUCUUAUCACAUCCAGCUAUGCAACAAGAGCGUUCAAUUUAUAUAAAUCAUUGUGGUAUGAGUUCAAUGCAUGAAUCAAUUGUGUUUGGUAUUCCACAUAUUGCAUUUCCACUUUUUCUUGAUCAAUAUCAAGUUGCUAAACGUAGUGUAGAAUUACAUAUGGGUUUAUAUAUUGAUAAAAAUAAUUUUACAUCAAAUGAAUUAGUUGAAAAAAUUCUUUUAAUAUUAAAUAAUCCACAUAUAUAUCGUCGUAAUACAAAAAAAAUAGCAGAUUCAUUUCGUAUAUAUGGUGAUGGUUUAAAACGUGCUCAAAAUAUCAUUGAAUAUAUGAGUAAAUAUGGACGUGAUUUACAAAAACAAAUAGUAUCAUAUGAUAGUCAGAUGAAUUGGAUGGAAAAAUAUUCAUUAGAUAUUCUCAUUUGUUUUCUUUUGAUUAUUUUCAUUCUAUUUGUAUUCAUACGAAUAAUAUGGAAAAUAUUAAUAUUAAUUCGAAAAGAAAAAAAAGAAUAA